UUUCUUAUUCUUCUCUCUUUUCUUUUCCACAGCUCUGGUGUGACUGGGACAAACAACUGCCUUUUAAGAAUCAAACUUUCAACUCUUCGGUAUAUUUUACAGAUAUUUGCUCGUAUCCAGAGUAUUUCGUCUUUACCGGUAUCCUGGCUAUGGUGACUUGUGCCGUGUUUCUCCGUCUCAAUUCGGUCCUUAAGUUGGCCGUGCUCCUCAUCAUGAUUGCAAUCUACUGCUUCCUGACUGAGACCAUUUAUGCUUCCCUGUUUCUCCAGUACGAUGAAAUCAAUCAUAACGGAGAUACGGAUUUCCUGGGGACGAAAGAAGCUUCCUUGCUCCUCAUGGCCAUGUUCCUGUUAGCUGUAUUCUAUCACGGCCAACAGCUUGAAUACACAGCGAGGCUCGACUUUCUGUGGCGUGGCCAGGCCAAAGAAGAAAUCAACGAGAUGAAGGAGUUAAGAGAGCACAAUGAAAACAUGCUACGCAAUAUCCUGCCAAGCCAUGUGGCCCGUCACUUCCUGGAAAAAGACCGAGAUAAUGAA